AAUCUAUACAUACACACCACAUAUACUUUACAUACAGAGUAUACAAACACACAUAGAAAGUAAAAAGUCACCGCCCCCCUCCACCACAUCUCCGCCAUGACCGGUUCCUCCGUUUCCUCUCGCAAGAUAUUAAGCAAAAUAGCAACAAAUAGACUACAAAAGGAACUGACAGAGUGGCAGAUCAAUCCACCUUCUGGUUUCUCCCAUAAAGUCACCGACAAUCUUCAACGGUGGGUGAUUGAAGUCAAUGGAGCUCAAGGUACUAUUUAUGCUAAUGAAAAAUACCAACUUCAAGUCGAUUUCCCCGAAAACUAUCCCAUGGAAGCUCCCCAGGUUAUAUUUUUGCAUCCUGCGCCGCUUCAUCCUCAUAUCUAUAGCAACGGCCAUAUUUGUUUAGAUAUUUUAUACGAUUCGUGGUCACCAGCGAUGACUGUUGGAUCAAUCUGCAUUAGCAUUCUGUCUAUGCUGUCAAGUUCUACAGUGAAGGAACGCCCAGAAGAUAAUGAUCGCUAUGUGAGAAACUGUAAAAAUGGUAGAUCUCCUAAGGAGACAAGAUGGUGGUUCCAUGACGAUAAAGUUUAAUUAAAAUGGCACACAACAUCUCAAUCAUUUGAUGUUCAAGGGAAUUUCUUAUUCACAUCAGGCGACUGCAAGCAUGCAAAGAAAAUGAAUGAUGUGCCACCUCCUUCUCAUAUCUGUAAAUGAAGAGCAAAUUUUCUUGUUUGUUUGCUCAAAAUGUAAGGAUUGACUUACUCUCUUCUAUAAUAUCAAGGUCUUGUACCUAUGAAAGUACUUCCCGUAAGUUUUAUUUUUGAAUCUAAGCGCUUAAAUGUAAUGAGAUUUCAAAGGGGAUUAUAGAUUUGUACCAACAAAAUACAUUUACUUGGUGUCAUUCUUCAA